CUGGCUGCUGAGGCUCGCAGUUCCUGAGAGAUAAAGGAAUUGCCUUGGACUCAGAAGGGAGUUACCAGCCCAGGAACAGCCUGCAUUCCAGGGCAAACUGAGCUCUCUUGCUGCACUCAGGAUGACUCCAAAAGCCACACCAGGUCCAAAUGUGGUGCUGGCUAACAUUUCUUUUCUUGUAACUGCAUCUCAGCUCAACCUCUCCUCAAAUCUGCUUCCUUAAACACUGGCAGAUGUGACUCUUGGCUAAGUACUCCCCAAUAAACUCUCUACACAUAAUUCUCUGCCUCAGAGGUGCUUUUCCAAGGAGUCCAAAUUAAUACUAUGGUAAUUGCCUACAUGUCAUUUGUUAUGUGCCAAGAACGCUUUUUAAGUGCUUUACAUUCCUAAACUCAUGCAAUCUUUUUACAAAAUUCUUGUGUAGUAGGAAGCAUUAUUAUCUGUAAGAUCACAAAACUGCUCACCGGUAGAGCCAGGAUGUAAAGCCAGGAUUGUGAGUCCAUUUUCUUAACCACGGAGUCUCCCUUGUGAGAUUAAAUAUAUUGAGCAUUGUUUUUUACAAAAAAAUUUAAAAUAAAAUAUACCAAGAUAUGUACAGAGGUCUGGAAGAAAGAAAGCACAGCAUGUUUGAAGCAAUGAAAGAAAUCCAGUUGGCCCAUGGAAAGGUCAAAGAAAUAGGCAGAGAGAGGCCAUUAGAUAUGACUUUUAUCUUAGUUCAGUAAAAGGCCUUUUUUCGGGGUAGGGGGAAGAUUUUAAUACAAGUCCUCUGACUGAGCUUACUGAAUACCAUAGUGGCCUACUCAAGAAUCCAUAAACGUUUUCUCUGACAAGUUACAAAGACAGUUGUCAAGAAAUAAUGGUCUGGCCUUAUAAAUGAUAUUGGAGUGCAAUGCUUUGGUGUAUCAAGCCAGCUUUUGUGGUUUCAAGGUGCUGGUCUACUUCCCAGAUGCCUACCUAACUAAACUUCUUUAAGCGUUCCAAAUGAGGACACAAGUUUCUCUAAAACAUCCUAUAUUCUGAAUGGUCAUUCCCUUUUGUGGUACUAGCUGGCUGACUAUUCCUGUCAACGAUCUUGAAUGCCUUUUUCUCUUCACUGAUCCCUACCUAAUGUCAAGUAAUCCUGGAACAUAUAAUCCUAGCUCUAAAAUUGGACCUAUUUAGUCAGGCAUGCCUAACCUCUUUCAAGGCCUCUAAUUAUCACUAAAGCUGGCAGCUCUCUCUAAUAUGUGAUAUUUUAUCUCCCUCUAUAUUGGGUAGCUCUCUCAUGACCUGUAGUCAGCCAUGGUCCUCCUACUGCACCAGCCAUCAGGGUCAAGGGUCAAGUCAAUAGAUGAUUCCAUGGCAGUUAGCAGCCCUGACAGCAGGGCAGGCCACAUAUAGGAGUAGUGGGGGGUGGGAUUUAUCUUCUUUGGUCCACAGGCUUUAUCAGCUCUGCCCCUGCCAAUACCUCAGCAAUCACUAAAAGUUUAGAUUUUGCUCUUCCUCUUGUGAAGAAAUAAUCAAAUCAGAGAAGAGCCAUCUGAGAUGUUGGUGGUGGUCUCGGCUUGAAAUCCCCAUUCACAAUGGGGAACAUGUCACCCAGAGGUAUCCAGGCCACCAACAUGGUCUUCUCCUCCUGGGCCUUAGUCUUCUUGGCCAUAGGAAUCAUCAUGGAAGAAUGGGUUGAACUGACAUUGGAAACAAAGAAAAAUACAGUAAGCCACAGUCCCUGGAUAUGUUGCACUACUCUUUGGCCAGAAGAUGGCCUGGAAGUGGUCAGGACCAUGAUGAUUUUGGUUCUCAUCCUUUCCUUCAUCCAUAACUUGUUCCUGGGUUUGGAAUCCACCUACCUGAUUCCUCAAACUAAACAUACCCUCUUCAUCGCUGUCUUCCUCAGUUUCUUUACAGGAGUCCUCUCUCUCCUACAGUACAAACAAUCCAUCAAGAGCUUUGCCUGCCUGACCAUCCUCCGUACAUCCAGCAGAGAAAUUAAGGACAGACAGGAGUCUGAGAGUUCUAUCAAAGUUAUUUCCUUACCAGAACAGCCCGCAAUGCUUCGUAGUACUGUUCACACAAAGGAAGAUUUUCCAAACAGAGCACACAUCCAAACACGUCGUGUAACCUGGGCUGUAUGAUUUGACAAUGUAUCUUUCAGUGUGUGCUUGUCUUAAUAGAAACAACGUUGUGUGUAUGUGCAUUGUGUCUCUACAGCCGUGGUGUCUUUGUUUGGCAUUAUUUAAUGCAUGUGACUGGGUUAGGGUCUGUAAGAAGAUCCGGAAGGUGGUUUUUUCAUUUUUAUUUAUUUUUUUUCGAUCCUGACCUGUUGAACAGUUUCUUUUAUUUGUUCUCACCAUUUAAUAACAUUUGUUAUUCAUUUAAUAAAUAUUAUCAUUAACUAAUACUUGCUGUAUUGUUAACUCUAUACAUCACACUUAUUUUAUUGUGAAAUAUUUCAGACAUUCAGAAAGAAUACAAAACAUGAUAAACAUCUGUGCACACAUCACUCAGCCUUAUGAAAUUUUACAAUUAUGCCCUAUUUGCUUUAGAUGUUUUCAAAUUAAAUUUAUAGACAAAACGGAUGUUCCUCUAAAAAGUUCCCUAAUC